GAAAUUCACUAGUAUCUGCAGUUAACACAACCAGUGAACAUGUUAAAAAAAUAUCUUCUUUUUUUUUGGGUGUUGGUCACUUUCCAUUCACUGGAAGCCAAACCAUCGGAUCCUCUAGAUUUUCUAUCUUUCUUGGAUCUAGAUGAAGUACAUGAGGAAAUAACGCGUCUACGUCGUGACCCUUCUUCUCCAACUGGACCCUCCAUAAGAUGGGGAACAAGAUUUCCAUUCUGGAUGCAUUUAGUCGACCUAUUCUCCGAAAGAAACAUCAACAUAUCGCUCAUAGGCUGGCAGAACGUUUAUGACUCUGUUGGUACACUGGUAGCAGUAAACUCCAUAGAACUGGCAUUUCCAGUCAGAAAGAAUACAGACGACUCUGAGUUCCUGGAUCUUGGGGAUUAUGAUGAUCUUCAUUCCAGACAAAGUCAACACAAAGUACACAAAAGUUUUGCCAUGUUCGAGGGACUGAACAAUCAAACAGUUUCGCUCGAUGUCAUAAUUGAACUUAAAGAUAAACAUACUGACCCUCCAGUUCUUUUCCAUUGGACACCCACUACUACAUAUUUCAGACCCGAUGGUUUGGUCUCGCUGAACAAGACGCAAAAAGCCACUAAAGAGGAAGUUCAACACUUCGUUCAAACCAUACGUUCAAAAGGCAAUUCUUCUUUGGAACCGUUAGUUUUAGUGUACGAUGAAGAUGGAAAAUUGAAGACAGAUAAAGUGAAACUGGUGGAUUUUUCUCUGGUUGGUUACGUUGUAGAUUCGUGGCAAGCCUCCGACGACAUUCUUCUAAAAAGUUCAAGAAUAAUGACCGAAGUUGCUGUCAAUUUUAAGAAGGAGGAACGUGCAGAGCACUUGGGUCGUCGUUUCAACGAGGACUACCCCAACUACGACUGGAGGGUUCUAGUCAAUCCGCGCAAAUUCCUACUGGAUAACGAUGUUUGGAUCAAGGUGUCAACAGACGGGUUUGAGUUCUAUGAAGGGGACAAGGACACCUACUUGGUCUAUGGAAUUAAAAUCUAGACUAAACCAUGACACUUUAUUGUACCCAAAUCAGUUAAAUCGAAUAAAGCAUAUAUUGUGA